AUGGCGGCGUCGGAACAGUCGCCGCCGGCGGACAGCCUGGAGGAGGCGGCCUGGCUGGCGCGGGCCGUGCGGGCCCUUGGGUGCGAGGUUGGCUCCCCGGGGAAGGAGCCCUGGGCGGAGGCGGAGGCGGGCGCCAGGCUAGCCGAGGCCGUGGCUCGCGGAGUGUCGUGCGCCCACUUCCGAGCCCUGUGUGCACGUCUGGCUGCCGAGCUCGGCGCGCUGGGCGCCUUGAAGGAAGGGGCGGUCCUGAACGCCGGAGACGCAGACGGCCCCGAAACGGAGGACUGCUUCCUUCUGGAGCUGAGCGGCCUGCUACGGGAGCUGCACUGCCCGGACCGGGCCCUCACAACGGGGAACCCCACAGCUCGGCUCCGGACCCCCCGCAGCCGCCUGAGCCUGCUGCGCUUCCUCUGUUCAGAGCUCCAGGCAACUCACCUCCUGAGUCUCCGCAGCCCACCUGACCCCUCCCAUGCUGAGGCACAGGAGAAAGCUCAGGGGGAGCUAACCCUGACUCUCCAGGCUCUGGGGAUGCCCCAGCCGGAGCCAGGAACCCCAGCCAGCCGGUUGCUGAGAGAUGUCCAUGCAAAGAUCUCAGAUUUGCUUCCCUCACUGCCCCCUGGACACCUGGACCCCCUACUCACUCAGCCUCUGGAUGUUCCUCGAUGGGAGGCCCUGAGUACCCUCUCCAGCUGCCUACGGGAUCAGUAUUGCUACCGCCGUCGCCUCAUGCUGACCAGGCUGGAUCUCACAGCAUCUGCCUUCCAUUGGACAGAGCGGGCCCAGACCCAGGGUACUGCCAUGACAAACGUCUUGAAGCCCCUACGUCAGGGCUUGACCCCCGAGUCUGAAAUCUCCCUUGCCCAUGUCUUGGCUUCCCGGGCUGACCUCUCCCGACUGGUCCCAGCCUCUGGCCGGGCGGCCCGUCUGACCACCUGCUGCCCCAUCAACAAGGUGCUGAUGGGCCCAGUCGCUGACAGAGGGGGCCGGCCCAACGAGCUGGAGGCCCCCAUGCCCAGCUGGCAGAGCCGUCGGGAGGCUGGGCACCAGCGCUGGGGACGGAAGAAAAAGAGACGGUGAACAGGAUGCUGCCACCCAUCGGGGCCAUCUGGAGCCCUGUCACUGGGGGGGGGGCGGUGAAGGACCCCAGGGUCUGCAUCCAGCUCCCCCAUUCCCAUUCCCACCAAAGCCAAGUUCUCUGGAAAAAUAGAUUUAAUUUACAAUA